AUGGUAUACGAUCUUCACGUCAAAAUUCAUGAAAAACCAGGAACCAUUACAACCAACAGAAUUAAAAAUGUUAUGGAAAUGCUGUUAUCGGCACUAUGUCACAUGCACGAACGCAGAAUAAUCCAUCGUGACUUGAAGCCGUGUAAUAUACUUGUGAAUAAAGACGGGCUAAUAAAAGUUUGCGAUUUUGGUUUGGCCAAAACGUUGGAACAUGGAGAGUUCUUGAAAUACGCGGCAGGUACACGACAGUAUCAACCCCCAGAAAUGUUUUUACAACAAUAUAAUGAAAAAGCAGACAUUUGGGCGGCUGGAUGUAUUAUGGGAGAAAUGAUACUGAGAGACUAUCUCAUUCCACAAGUCCAUUCGCACGAAAUGUUGGAAAAACAUUUCGAAAUUUUUGGAAGUCCCACAAUGAAUGAUUGGCCAGAAGGUUAUCUUCUAACUAGAAGUUACAAAAAAUAUUCAGGUACAAUUGAAAGAUUGUUGAAAGGUGUUGAUGAAACUAUCAAAGUGUUCAUUUCUUAUUUAAUGAUAUUGAACCCACACAAACGACCAUCUGCUUCAAAUGCUAAAUUGCAUCGCUUCAUCGCUGAUCACGGACAUGCAAAUUAA